UCUUCAUCAGCACACAAGGAGAGACACCAGAGUGAAGCGGCUGAGAGGACGACAGAAGAUCACACUGAAAUAUCAGUUUCAUCUAACAGAGCAAAGAUGCAGUGGAGUCUGUUUCUGCUCCUUCUGAUGGGUCAGUGUUCCUUCUUCAUGUGUCACCUCCAUGAGUACCACUUUGUUAAAGAGAAGAAGAACUGGACUGAAGCCCAGCAGUACUGCAGAGAGCAUCACACUGACCUGGCCACAGUGUCUAACAUGACAGACAUGGAGAGACUCCGUGACUCUGCACAGAAUCAAGAUGGAGCCUGGAUUGGGCUUUACAACUUGUCUCAGAGCACCGCAGGAGAAGACAACAGGAUGUGGCACUGGUCUCUGCCAGGAGUGGAGUUCAAUGACACUAAUACAAAAUGGGCUCCAGAUGAACCAAAUGAUAUUAACUCUCCUGAAAACUGUGUGUGUAUACGUAAUAACUCAUGGCUGGACUUCCAUUGUACAGAGCAUAAGCAUGCCUUCAUCUGCUACGAUGAAAGGAGGCAAUCCAACAAGACAUUCCAUCUGAUUGAAGACAAGAUGAGCUGGCCACAGGCUCAGAGCUACUGCAGAAAACAUCACACUGACCUGGUCAGUGGAGACCAACAGUUAGAGGACGACGAAUUCAAGAGAGACAUUAAUUCAGACGAGUGCGUGUGGAUCGGCCUGUUCAGAGACUCCUGGAGGUGGUCAGAUGGGAGCAAUUCCUCUUUCAGAUACUGGGAUCUGGAGUCAGAUAAUGAUAAAGAUCUCAAGCAAUGUGCUACGACUAAG